AUGUUGAACGACUUUUGUUGCGCUGUUGUGGUGUGCAACGGCGCGCCUGGACUGGACUGGAUCAAGUGCGGUACGGCGACGGGCGACGGGCUGGGGCUCGUCCGGACGGAGAGGUUCGCAAACUGCGGGCGGAGGGCGGGCGGAUUCACGGAGCACGGUCUUUGCGCCGGAAGCUCUCCAAUCGACGUCGGGUCGUCCGCGCUUCUUGCGAUUGCGAUUGUAGAUUUUGCCUGCCGGCCCGCCGGGCACUUUGGCUGUAAUCAUGCCCGUUCGGCCAACAAUGCGCUGAAAGUGAACUGUCACAGCAGCAGCUUACCUUGGCGGUUAAGAAACAGCUCAGCGAUACCGCCUCGUUUGGCGGAUAGCAGUCCGGGUCAGAAUAUGGCAUUUGUUUGA